UCUGCUGAUAAAACAUGAUAUAUAAUAUAAUAAUAACCUCUUUGUAAAACAGAAUUGAGAACGCAUGUUGAAUUUUUGAUCGAAAUUAACAACAUCCACAGAAAAAUCUAAGAUGGAAUACAUUCCAGAUGAAUUAUUAACAAACGAUAAGCAAAGAAUAUUAUGCUGUGAAUGUGGUGUUGCUAUCGAACCAAAUCCAGCUAAUAUGUGUGUUGGAUGUAUACGUGCACGUAUUGAUAUAUCGGAGGGUAUUCCAAAACAAGGUGUAUUAUAUUUCUGUAGAGGAUGUGAAAGAUAUCUUCAACCGCCCGCAGAUUGGAUACAGUGUACAUUAGAAUCACGUGAAUUACUUGCCUUAUGUUUAAAAAAAUUGAAAGGAUUAAAUCGUGUUAAACUCAUCGACGCAGGUUUUGUUUGGACUGAACCACAUUCUAAACGGAUUAAAGUAAAAUUAACGAUACAAGGAGAAGUUGUUGGUGGAGCUGUUCUUCAGCAAGUAUUUAUUGUUGAGUUUACAGUUACCCAUCAUAUGUGCGAUGAUUGUCACCGUAGUGAAGCUCAAGAUUAUUGGCGUGCGAUGGUACAAAUUCGACAGAAAUCUGAGAAUAAAAAGACAUUUUAUUAUUUGGAACAGUUGAUCUUGAAGCAUAAAGCACAUGAGCAUACAUUGGGGAUUAAACCUGUACAUGGUGGGUUAGAUUUUUUCUAUACAUCAGAAGCAUAUGCACGUAAAAUGAUUGAUUUUGUUCAAUCAGUAUUACCAUGUAAAUAUCAACAUUCAAAAAAAUUGAUAUCACAUGAUAUACACAGUAAUACUUAUAAUUAUAAAUUUACGUUCAGUGUUGAUAUUGUACCAAUUUCUAAGGAUAGUGUUGUUUGUUUACCGAAGAAAUUAGCUCAACAACUUGGUGGCAUGUCACAAAUAUCACUUGUAUAUCGUGUUACGAAUUCUGUCCACUUAAUUGAUCCAUUUACCGCACAAAUUGCCGAAGUAAGUAGUGCAGUUUAUUAUAGAACUCCAUUUAAUACAAUAUUAAAUCCAAAACAAUUAAUAUUAUAUAUUGUAAUGGACAUUGAAGUAAUUCGUGAACGUGAUCGAGUACAAUUUCCUGGACAGGGUGCUCUUUCCUACAAACACGUACUUGCUGAUGUGUGGUUGGUAAAAGAAUCUGAACUAGGUAUAGUGGAACCUAGUCAUGUUCGAACACAUUUAGGACAUGUUUUAAAAACUGGUGAUCAUGUUUAUGGAUACAAUAUUCAAGACACAAACGUGAAUGAUUCAAAUUUUGAUAAAUUAGAUCAUAGUAAUAUACCCAUGGCAAUUUUAGUGAAGAAGUAUUAUGGAAGUAAAGCAGCUCGUCGAAGGCAUAGAAAUUGGAAAUUGAAACAUAUGACUGAUGUUGAUUUGGGUCUACAUGAAGAAAGCGAUAAUGACGAUUACAAUGCAUUCCUUGACGACUUAGAAGAAGAUCCAAGUCUUAGACAAAAUGUUGCAAUUUAUAAGAAUCCACGUGCUGAACCAAUGAUACCAGUUGAUGGGGACGAUGAUACUUUGGAUCCAUCUGCUCCAAGAAUUACUUUGGAAGAAAUGUUGGAUGAUUUGCAUAUUGAUGAUGUAGAGAUGGCGGAAUAAUUUGUUAAUAAUAAUAAAUUAUAUAAUAAUUUCAU